CCACCCGCCGGCGGCCGUCGUCCAUGUGGAGUCGCCACAUCCGCUUUAUAAAGGCCCCAGCUCCUUCUCUCGCCUUCACAACGCCCCGUCUCGUCUCCUUCUUGGCUUCUCUGGCCUUCUUCUUCUUCCUCCUCCUUGGAAAGCUAGCUUCCUGACAUGGAAGUGCAAGCGCAGUUCGGUGGCGGUGGCCUCGCUGGGUGCUUACCCUGCGGCGGCAGCUUAGCUGAGGAGCAGAUGCGGGUGCUCAGGGACUACGGCGCGCUCCUGUCCGCGGCGGCAAACAAUGGGUCACAUUGCGCGGGCGUGGUCAGCGGCGCGCGGAGCGUGCUGACCUGCAACGGCAGCGGUGGUGGCGUGCUGCCGUCGCGGAAGCGCGGCAGGGAGGCUGAUAUCGAGCAGUACGUGUCGUCCGCGGCGCUGCUGCCGAUCCCGGCGACGGAAAAGGCGAGCCGGAGAGUGGACUCGGCGAUGACGUCGACCAGCGGGUGGCCAGCGGUGGCGGCAUCUGUGGCAGGCGCGCUCGUAUCGGAGCUAUGCCAGCAUCGGGCUGAGAUCGACGCGCUUGUGCGGGCCGAGUACGAGCGGCUGCACGCCGGGCUGGAGCAGGCGCGCAAGCGGCAGUGCCAGGCGCUGGUGCAAGCCGCCGCGGGCGCCGCGGCGCAGAGGCUAAGGGAGAAGGAGGCGGAGCUGGAGGCAGCGCAGCGGUGCGCCGCGGAGCACGAGGUGCGGCUGAGACAGGCGGCCAUCGAGAGCCAUGCGUGGUGCAGCCUCGCGCGCAGCAACGAGGCCGUCGCCGCGGGGCUCCGCGCCACGAUCGACCACCUCCUCCUCCGCGACGCCGGCGGUUGCCCCGAUCCCGCUGAGGGCUUCGGCGAGUCCGACCCCACCUCCUUCCCGGCUGCCGCGGACGACGCGCAGUCCUGCUGCUUCGAGACCAAGGACGCAACGGUCACCAAGUGGUCCUGCAAGGCGUGCGGCGAGCACGAGGCGUCGGUGCUGCUGCUGCCGUGCCGGCACCUGUGCCUGUGCAAGGCGUGCGAGCCCAGGCUGGACAUCUGCCCCGUCUGCCUCGCCGCCAAGAUCGCGUCCAUCCACAUCGCCGCCGACUGAUCACAUUAGCCGACGCCGACAUCACUACCUCCAGGCUCCAGCUGAUCGAGUAAUUAGCUAGUUAGAUUAGAUGAAUUCAUCCCGUUCGUUCUGUUCUUUUGGUAAGACUUCACUAGUGUGAUGUGUCGACACUCGACACCCGUGCGGCUGUAAAAUUACCGAUCGGUGGAAGAUUUCACCGUCUCCUCUUUUGGUUAAAAAAAAUGAAAGUUGGAACAAGAGUUUUGAGCUCUGAUGUAAAAGAA